AUGUCUUCAAAGUUGAUUAAGGACGUACUGGGCAAAAGACCGUAUGUCGAAAACGCCGAAAUUGAAGACAAUAGCCAUAAUCAAAUGCACCCUCGUAACAGAUAUAAAGAUAAACCUCCAGAUUUUUCUGUUCUUGCCUUUAAAUAUUCUUCCUUUUAUCCAUUUGUACAUUAUUCUAAAGAAGGUAAACCUUAUAUUGACUAUAAGAAUCCAGAGGCAGUUCGAGAGCUUACAUAUUGCUUAUUACGUGACGAUUUUAAUCUAGUUCUAGAUAUCCCCUUAGACACUUUAUGUCCUCCGAUUCCAAGCAGACUGAAUUAUAUCCAUUGGAUAGAGGAUUUAGUAUCAUCGACAGAAUCUCAUGAAGAUUUGGACCAAAAUACUAUUUAUGGAAUCGAUAUUGGUACUGGAACGUCGUGUAUAUAUCCAUUACUUGGAUAUAUUGAUAAAAAGGCUGUUGCAUAUGCUAAGGAGAAUGUGUUGCGAAAUAACCUGGAUGACAGAAUAACAGUACAUCAAAACAAGUCAGACAAGAAAAUCCUUAUGAGCGAGAGCAUGAUUAGAGACAGCACUCUAAAAUUUUCAUUUUGUAUGUGCAAUCCACCAUUUUAUGAGAGUCAGGAACAAUACGAGAGAGGUGUAGAGAACAAAAAAGCCAGUCCUCAUUCGGUUUGCACUGGAUCAUCUAAUGAGAUGUUCACACCAGGUGGUGAAUUUCAAUUUAUUAAGGAUAUUCUAGAGGAAAGUUUGACCUUACGUACAAAGAUUCGUUGGUAUACAUCCAAGAUGGGACGUUUAGAAACGGUAAAUAAAGUAGUUCGUGAACUAAGAAAAUCUGGAAUAGAUAAUUACGUAAUAACUGAAUUCUGUCAAGGGCUUACUCGGAGAUGGGGGAUAGGAUGGUCAUUUGGAAGUCAACGUCCAACUUCUAGUGUCUCGCAACCGACCUCCAAAAAACUUCGGAGGUCAGCACCACCAAAAAACGAAUUCUGUGUUGUUUUACCAGCAAACAUUGAAGACCUUUUGGAAUUUCUACAACAACUUUUCGAUGAAUUGGAAAUUAAUGGACGAUGGAACGGAGAAGCUAAUACAUUCUAUGGUAUUGUACAAAUCAAUACAUGGUCGCGUGCGGCUAGAAGGGCUAAACAUUUCAAACCAGAUGUAAAGGAACCUCCUAUAAUGUGGAAGGCACCUGAAAAUGAGAAUUUAUUCGAGUUCACAUGUAAUAUCGAACCUUGGGAUGUAAGUACUAGUAAUACAAGGGUAACGGUUUCAUGGACAAAUGGUAAAGACAGGAACAUAUUUGAAUCAUUUUAUAGUCAUAUUAAAAAACGGUUAGAGCAAGAAUUCUCUGCCGAUGAGUAA